AUGGCCAUGACAGAGUCGGACGAUGUGGAGAACAUCACGGAGGGCAAAUAUGUGUAUUGGAUGAUGUCAAAUGACGACAUAAAGCGAGGCCAACUCGGCGAGGUGUACAAAGUCCUGGACGAUCAAGUGAAGGUCAGGUUCGCUGGCGGCAAGAUCAAGUGUGCCCCGACGAAGUUGAACGUCUCUGACUUGCAGAAGGGCACCUUUGUGCACAGCACGCUCGACGACCACGACUUCGACACCAUCGGUCAGGUACUAGACUUAGAUGACGGCAAGCUAGUCGUCGAGAUCAAGGGCGAGAAGGUCAACAUCAAGCCAAAGUACUUGAUGAGAUGUGACUUUCAAUGCGGCAUGUAUGUGUACUGGACAAGCUCCGACGAUGAUAUCCCCAAGGGGCACGUGGGCACCGUCAUCAUGGACCUGAACGACGAAGGUCGCGUGAAGGUGAAGUUUCCCAAGGGAGCCUGGCGCUUCAAGCCGAGUCAGAUGGUGCGUGCGCACAUUCAGCCCCUGUCCUAUGUGCAGUGGACGAGUCACGACGACGACAUCGCCAAGGGGGAAAUCGGGAAAGUACUCACCGAAGAGCUGGACGACGAGGGCCGCGUCAAAGUUCAGUUUGCCAAGGGCAGCUGGCGCUUUCCACCGUCGGCUCUCUUCUUGCAUGAGAUGCAGCUUGGGGCCUUCGUGACCUGGAGCAAGCAUGACGACGACAUCGAGAAAGGUGAUGUGGGCCACGUUGUUGGCAUCAAAGUGGAAGAGGGCCGGCUGCGCGUGGAAUUUCCCAAGGGCACAUGGACCUUCAAAGCGAACUCCUUGAAGAUGCACCACGUGCAGCCUGGGAUGUAUGUGCACUGGACGUGCAGUGACAGCGACAUCCCGCGUGGAGACAUCGGUGAAGUGGUUCGCAUGAGAGAGGGCAAGAAUCGUGUGGGUGUGCAGUGGCCUCAGGGCAGGUGGAGCAUCAAGCCCAAAGAGUUGAAGAAGCUCCCAUUUCAGAGAGGGGACCGCGUGCAGUGGAACAGUGCCGAUGAUGACAUCCCCGAAGGGGACAUUGGCAUCGUCAUGGGCAUCAAGUACGGAGAGGAGGAAGGCAAGGAAGUCGGAGAUCGCGUCUUCGUUCAAUGGACGAAAGGGAGGUGGGCGAUGUACCCCAAGACGCUCAAGUCAAUCGGCCUCGAUGCAGACGCCAUCAACCAGCUGAAGGUUACCUUCAAGAAGUUCGACAAGAAUGGAGAUGGCAAGCUGACUUUGGAGGAGCUCACGAGCGUCCUGGGCCGGCUCGGAGACGGAGAGGGUGGGCUGAGCGAGGACGACUGCCAGCAGCUUUUCGAGGGUCUGGACAAGGACUCCGAUGGAAAGUUGACCUCGAGUGAGUUCAUUGACUAUGUCUUCGGUGGGCAGGCAACAGGCUCGCAGAGGAAACUGCUCGGCGAAGGCUUCGGGCUAGAGGACCUAGUGGGAUUGGACGAAGAAUCCGAGGACGAGGAUGAUGACAAUCCCAACGACAGCAACAACGGCGGCGGCGGAAACGUCGUCGUGAAUCCGCCUCCGGCUGUGAUUUCCAAUGAUCCGGCGAUCAUGGAAGGUAUCGGCCCUGAGACGGAAGUCUCCCGCGCCGAGUGGGCUUCUGCGAUGCUCGCAGUGGGCGUCUGCCGCCAGGCAGCCUUGGAGAGCUUCGACGGCUGCCAGGCAGCCCUCGGAAAGGAUGGCGACCUACUCCUUCAAGACCUCGCAGCAGAGUUGAAUGGCGUGGGAGGUGGCCCCGGCGUGGAGGAGCUGCGCGACGCCAUUGGCAAGGUGAAGUGUGGCACCGUGAGUGCCGUGGACCUCGACACGCCUGCGGAGGAGUGCGAGCUUGAGCGUGAGCUGGCAACGAAGACAGGCAUUGAUGGCCUGCUGUUUUAUCUCAGUUGUGAGAAGAAGUCGCUUGACGACGCCGCAGGGGAAAUUGAGAACGCCAAGCUGACGGCUCUGGAAACCACGGUGCUCAGCAGCAUGGAUGGAGAUGCUCUUGUCGAGGCUGCGAAGGCGCAGGCGCAGGAGCCAGUGGCACUCUCCGCACUGUCGUCCUGGCAGCGAGCUCGAGAGAACUGUCGAAAGGAGGUGAACGCGAUCAUUGAGUCCUGCAAAGGCAGCGGCGAGAAGUACACGGACCCAACGUGGAAUCCGGUCGAGGACUCCAACUCUGUGAUGUACGUGGACCAUGAGAAACCAGGAUGGGACUGCACCGUGGGCGUUCCAAGCCAAUGGAAGCGGGCGCAGGAGAUGCGCGAUGACUACAAGCUUUUCCAGGAUGACGGUUGCUUCAAAGACAUCCAUCAAGGCAGCACCGGGGACUGCUACCUGCUUGGGGGCUUGGCCAGCAUGGCUGCGAAUCGGAGCGCGUUCUUCCGUCAGGUCUUCGUUGCCUACGACAGUGAAGUCGGAGUCUUCGGCUUGCUCUUCUGCAAGGAGUCGCACUUCACGUACGUCAUUGUGGACGACUAUUUGGCUACACGGGGUGACGGCAGGACGCCGCGGUUCGGACGAGGCGUGGAUAGUUCCGAGCUUUGGGUACCCAUUCUGGAGAAGGCGUUCUUUAAACACUACACUUGCAUCGAGAUGUGCGAUGGCGGCCAUGGAACCGAAGCGAUUUUCUCCUUCCUCGGCGGGGUUACGGGCCGCUACACCAUCGACGACGACGAGUACGAUCAUCCGGAGAAGUUCUUUGAGAAAUUGCAGCGUGCCCUUCAGAGCGGCGAACUGAUGACCACCGGUUUCCGCGAACCGAGCAAAGGUAAGUAUGCCGAUAUGGCUGGCGGCGCAGAAGGCCAAUGCGGAGAAAAGGGCCUGCCCUUCGGUCUCCAUGGUGGCCACUGUUACUCCCUCAUCCGAGUUGUGGAGGCCAACGACACGAGGCUUCUGUGCAUGCGGAAUCCAUGGGCUCACAGCGAGUGGAAAGGACCCUGGGGAGACAACUCCGAGGAGUGGACGGACGAGCUGAAAGAGGCCUGCGGCUUGACAACGAGAGAUGAUGGCAUCUUCUGGAUGGCCGUGGAGGACUUCGUCCAGCUCGCCGACAGAGCCAACUUUUCUCGCACCUUCGGUCCCUCCUGGCAGUCCGUGAAAUGCUACAGUCGCUUCAGUGAGACGCCGCUGCGAGCCCGCGCCAAGAAGGCCUACCAAGCACAGGACGACGCAGAGAUCUCAUUCCAGAAGGGAGACACGAUCGAGGUGAUUGAAGUCCAAGGAUACUGGACCAAGGGCAAGGUGGAGCGUACUGGGGAGGAAGGCUUCUACCGAACCAAAGACGCGGAAAUGAAGACGGCGACCGCCUACAAGUACGAGUUCUCCGUAAGCGACAUGGCCGACGAGGCACCAGUCAUACUCACUCUGAUGCGUGAGAACCAGAAGCAAUGCCGCGAGUGGAACAAGCGCAAAGAGGAUGGCGUUAAUUACAAGAACACCAAGUAUUCGAGUGGCUACUGGUUCAUCUUCAACGCGAAGGGAAAACGUGUGGCCAAACAACGAUGUUCCUCUCGGCACGUGUGGCAAUAUCUUCCUUCAGGUGAUGGCCCGUACACCGUCUACAUCACCUGUGCGGCCGGGAACGGGAAACGCUUCAGCGUGCAGGGCUUCGCGCCUCAUGGCUCUAUGCACCUGAAUGGGCAAGAGUGCUCCUACUCGGAGUUUCUGGACAAAUGCGGAUGA